AUGUCCUCACCACUCUCUCUCCCACCUCCCCUCUCCCCAACGCCAGCUAUAACAAGUUCGACAUCAUUACCUAUUCCAGGCACCCCCGCCUCUACAAGUACUUCAGGAAGCAGCACCUUGUGGCAGGACCAGAUCCUCGAGCGUCUCCGCGCAAGAAACGUUAGGGAUUGUGCUUAUGCGGGCAUUAUCGAUCAGUAUCGGCAACUCGCUGUGCAGGCGCGUGUGUUGAGGGAGAGAAACCAGACGCUGUUAAGGGCGAUGAACACCGCGCGCGCGAGCGGGUCUGCAGGUGACGAGAAUGCCGUCCGCACAGCACUCAUCACAUCGCUCGAAGAGCAGAUAUCAAGGAUGCGCGACGAGACGCUCGAUUUGCACAAGAAGCAGUCGCAGCACGCACAGCGCCUGCUCGAGAUGUCCGACACCCAGCGACAAGCGGAGGAUUCCGCGCGCUUAACGCAGGAAGAACUCCGCCGUGUACGUGACGAGCUGUCCUGCGCGCAACGUGAACUUGAAGCGUCCCGCCUGACCAUAAGGGAGAAAGACCGGUUUAUCCAAGAACUUUCCGACGACAACAAUGCCCUGUCCCUUGAGCUCACGCAGACCGCAGCAAGGAACGACAGCUUGAAGAAGGACAACGCUAGCCUUCUCCAGCGCUGGUUGGAUACGAAGAACGAGGAAGUGAGCAGGAUGAACGAGGCGAACGGGUUUUGGGAGGAGAUGCAGAGCGCGCGUGUCCGUGUUGGCACAGCAGGGGUUGGGGUUGGCUCUCCGUACACCGCUUCCGUUUCGGGGACAGGGACGAAUGGCGAAGGCCUUCAGCUGGCGGCAGAGACCUCGGAACCUCCAGCCGAAGGCUCGUCGGGUUUUCGCAGGCCCCCGCCCUCCCCAGGGCAGACGAGGAAGAGCGUGACGGGGAAGGAGAAUGGAUGAUCGUAAGGUCUCCGUCGCCUGAUGCUGGCGUAUCCUUACCCACUGAGAGGGCGGGAGGUCCUGGGCCUGAGGGAACCGAGGAAGAGGGUCGGGAGGAGCCGGGCGACGACGAAGAGUUCGCUCUCCUUUGACCAUUUCCCACUUUCACUCUUCCCUUCUCCCAUCUUUAACCCCCUCUCCAUCCCCUACUAUUCUCCACGGUUUUCUUACACCUGACUUUCCCCGACUUGCACGCUAUACCCAUCCAUGUAUUCGUCACCUAUCCCUGCUCUCAAUCCUGGACAGCUGAAUGAUCAUCCACCGUUUCCUGUCUCCCGAUCGCAACUUGCGUGUGCACCAGGCAUCAAAUGAUGCGACGACGCGGACUGUCUACUUUCUUCCUGGCUAUUGCGUCGGUCUGCCAAUAAUCGCCAGGUCCUGUCUCAGCAACGAAUGUAAGCACCCGUGCUUUCCGAAGUUUCAGUGGAUAAACGACGGAGGAGGCCUGUCCUUCACGAGAGGCAAGACUUUGUGCUCUCGGAU